UGACCUCUAAUAUUCAAACUAAUAAGGAGACAAAAAUGUCAGGUUAAUGGAAUUUUCGGAUAAUAAUAGAACAACUUUUUUUAUAUUUGAUUACAUGUAUCCGAGUGAAAGUUAAGAAAAUUGUCAUUUCAUCUCGAUAAUCAAAAAAAUUUCCAUCAAAAUUAAAUUAAAAUAAAAAAGACAGAAAACUUUAUAAUGAAAUAUACAAGCUUUUAUUUAUGUAUUUUACUAGAAAUUAUUUAAAUCUCUAAAAAUACAUUGUCUUACAUAUAUAAAAUAUCUACCAAAACUUAAUAAAUUAGUCUUUUUUUUUUACAUAAUCUUUCUAUCCCUUUGAAUUACCAAAAUACAUUUUUUAAGGUUAUCAUUUUCGUUUACUAAUUCACUUUCUGAAGAAAUUAUACAAUAUCUUCAUCAUGAUAAACAAAAUGUUGAUUUACUAUAAGAUUAAAUAUAGUUUCUUAUAUUAUAUUUUAUCAAUAUUAUUUUUUUAAAUAAAAUCUUGUAAAUAAAAUAUUUAAUAUAGUACUUUUUGUAAUAUUUAAUAAGUACUUUUUGUAAUUAUGGAAAACAUGGCAGAACAUACAAUAAUAUAUAAAAUAUAUUAAAAGAUAUAUAAAAUAAAUUGAAUAAUAGAAAAAAGACACCUAAUUAUUCGAAUUUUAUUUAGAUAACAGAAAAUUUUUAUUAGAGUAUUCGAAUAAAAAAAUUUCGAUUUGAGAGUUUUUAUUCUUUGUUCAGGCAGCUUAUAAAAUUCAAGAUAAGAAUAUCAAUAAAUUAAGUAUAUUAAAGAAGAAUGAAAUUAUUUAAGAAUCCGUGAAUUAUUUCAUUCUUUAGCAAAUGAAUGAUUAAGGACAAAUAAGAGAGUACGAAUUAUUAUUAGAUAUUAAACCGAAAUAAAUAAGAAAAAGAACCAAAAUAAAUUUUCCUUAUCGAUAAUGAUUAUUAGCAAUGAAAAAAUUUUUCUUGAAACUUUAAUCAUUUUCUGUAAUCAAAAACAUUUUAGUUAAAACAAUAAUUGUUAUCCUACUUUUUUCAUUCUGGUUAUAAUACUUAUGGUUCCUGUUAAGGUUAUGUUAGAACUUUUUUUGAAUUCAUAGGAAAAUAAACAUUGUAUUUUUGAAAAUAUGCUCUUGUUUUGUAAAUUUUGUAAUAAUUGUAUGCUCUUACUUCAUAUGUUUUGUUGAUAAAAGUAAAAGCCAACAAUAAAAUUCAACUUUGCAAUUUAAUAUUAUAUUUUUUAUUAAAAAUUUUUUCUUGAAACUUUAAUCAUUUUCUGUAAUCAAAAACAUUUUAGUUAAAACAAUAAUUGUUAUCCUACUUUUUUCAUUCUGGUUAUAAUACUUAUGGUUCCUGUUAAGGUUAUGUUAGAACUUUUUUUGAAUUCAUAGGAAAAUAAACAUUGUAUUUUUGAAAAUAUGCUCUUGUUUUGUAAAUUUUGUAAUUGUAUGCUCUUACUUUAUAUGUUUUGUUGAUAAAAGUAAAAACCAACAAUAAAACUCAACUUUGCAAUUUAAUAUUGUAUUACUAAAAGUAGAAUUUGUCGAAUUUGAAUAAUUUUAAGUUUAUGAGAAUUUAAUUUCUACAAAUUCACAUGAAUAAAAAAGUGAUGAAUGAAUAAAAACAGUUUAUGAAAAUUCAUUGGAUAAUACUCGAGAUAUUAAAUAGUUAUUGUUACAAUGAAUUUUAGUAGUAUGACAAAUAUAACAACUCUUUGUUCACUAAAUAUUGUACAAUAUACAAUUAUGCAAUUUGAUAAAGAAUUUCUUAAAAUUAUCUUAAGAUUAAUUUAAUCUUCAAAUACGUAUUUGUUUUUAUUAGCUAAAAUUAAUUUUUAAAACCGAUCUAUUCCACAUUAUUUCCAAAAAUACUCAUUUUAUGAAAAGAUCAAAACUACAAAAAGAGCUUGGAAAAAUUGUGACAGAAAAAUUAUCACAUUGAAUCGUAACUUGAAAAAUAACAUAAACUUUGGGAAACUAGUUACAAUAAUAUGAUAACGAGUAUUUUUCUUUAAAAUACAAACAGAUUUUUCUGUUUUUUGUAAGAUUUUUAUAAUAUAUAAGUAUCAUGAACAAUCAUCGUACUUAAAAUAAGUAUUUCACUGUAUAAAAACUUUGAUUGAACCAAUUGAAAAAAUUUCUAAUAUAAAUUCUGUUUUGAUUAGAUUACCUAGGGCGUCGGAUGCACCAGUUGUAAGCGGUGGAUCUAUCUUCUCCUGGGGUACAAAAUUCAAAUAUACCGGUAGAACAGAAAAAGAAGUUUUAGAAGAAUCGGGUCCGCUUCGGAAAGAAGAACCACCCAUACAGCGAUGUCAAACCACGUGUCUUAGAAGAAAAGCUAGUAGUGUACCAGCCACCCCUAGUACCCCUAGUCAAGAUCUUGUUGAAAUCAGAUAUUCCAGUUUACCACGUAGCUGUCACAGCGCAGGUUUGGAUGGUGCUGGAAUGUCAGAAGGUAGUACCGGCGUUCCAUUCAGUUCGCCUUAUUGUCCAGAUAAUACUUUACCACUUCUAGAACCUGUUUCGGAGGACCAAGAAAUUCAUGGCAGAAGAAACAAUGGUCAGUCUCAUUUAAUUCUUUUAUAUUCUGGAAUUUUUUCUUUCAUCAGUUCAAGUUCAGACGAAUUCGAUUUUUCGUCGUUGAACGAGCAAAUUACCUCUAUCCACGAAACGAACGAAUCCAGUGGGCAAGAUAGUGACGAAGUAAGAGGCGUGAGAAGCCGAAAGAUUAGAAUUAUAGAUAGCGAAAGUGAAGCCGAAAGUGAAACCGCGGAGGAUGAUGCAAACAGUUCAGAAUGGCUACUGUGCAGAGAAUACGAAAAAGUGCCGCCAAGUGUACAAUUUAUAUCUGGCGGAAAAGCCACAGGACCACGCAUAACUUCAAAUAUAAAGGAACCAGUGGAUUUUUUUAAACUGUUCUUUACCGAUGAACUCGUUCAAAAAAUAGUUUGCGAGACGAAUAAUUACGCGAGAAAGAAAUUAGAAGGGAAGACGCUAUCGCCAAAUUCAAUAUGGCGAAGUUGGCGUAAUGUGGAGAACGAAGAAUUCUUUGCAUUUAUUGCUGUUGUGAUAAAUAUGGGCAGAAUGCCGUUGGCCAAUUUGCAAGACUAUUGGUCGAGAAAUAAUGUCAGUUAUAUCCCUUUCUAUUCCGAAACAUUUACGAGAGAUAGAUUCAAUCAAAUAUUCUGGAUGCUUCACUUAAAAGUUAUUUCAACACAAAAUACGAAUCCGAGAAAACGUCUACAACGAGUAAGUUCCUUUUUAGAUUAUAUCAAUUCGAAAUUCUUGGAUUAUUUCAUACCGGGCGAGCAAUUAUGUGUGGACGAGUCGACUGUGAAAUUCAAAGGCCGAAUUUCAUUCAUCACAUACAAUCCGAAGAAACCAACGAAAUGGGAUAUCAGAGUUUAUACUCUAGCUGAUUCAAACACUGGCUAUGUUUGUUGUAUCUUACCAUAUUGUGGAUCACUCACAACCGAGCUGUUGGUGAGACCUAAUCUACCUGUUCCCACGAGAAUUCCGAUUCAUCUCUAUAAAAUGUUGUUAGAUAAAAUCCCCGGUGCUCAGGGGCACCAUAUGUUCACCGACCGUCACUAUACUAGUUGCAUCUUGGCUCGAGAACUAGCCAAACUGAAAUGUCAUCUUACCGGGAGGAUUCUAACGAACAGAAAGGAAUUGCCGAGUGAGAUAAGAAAACCAAAAUUUUUAAAAAAGUCCACGAUAACUUACCGACGAGGUAACACUUUACUUUUAGCGUGGAAGGAUAAAAGGACGGUCACUUGUUUGACCACUAGAGGUAACACAGGAAUGGCUACCGUCAAAAGGAUUGUACGAGGUGGUGUGAAAAUCAACAUCAAGAAACCCAAUAUUAUAGUGAAUUAUAUAAGAUAUAUGGGUGGCGUUGAUCGAGCGGACCAAUAUGCUUCGACAUAUUGUUUUCUGCGAAAAUCGUUGAAAUGG